AUGGCUGCUGCGGCGAAAGUGCCAGUAUCUCGAAAGAGAGCGCUCUCUGCUGCGCCUCCUCCAUCGUUUGAAGCAUGUGUCGUCACAUAUUUCUCCCAGGACCGCGCCUUUCAACGUGUUUUUGCUGAAACCGACAUUGAGGGGAUGAAAACCGUUGUUAGGGAGAAGUUGAAUCUUCCUCCCCAUGCUGGCGUCAGACUCGCCCAGAUGGUUGACGGCCGGAGAAUCGACUUGGAAGACGACGCUGAUUUCUAUGCUUUUCAACUUGGGGCUCAACUGAAGCCUGAGCUGCAGGUCGAGGUAUCUGUGAUUGUUGCUCCAGCAGCACAACUGGCGUCACCGAGUGUCACGGCGACUUCAAUUAAUCUAGAAAGAGCGCCACCACCAACGCUAACCCAAACAGGACAAGACACUGUUCCACAAGUCGAAGACAGUUCUGCGUCGGUUCCUCCGCCUGCAAAGAAGAAGAAGAAACCACGGAAGAGUAAUCUCGUCAUUGUAGAGAACGAUACUGGAGGGAAUGGCAAGCCAGUGGAACCAAUCGAGUCCACAACGACCGAGAAUUCUGAGGGAACUAAAGCCAAAGCCAAAGAGGCGACCACAGCACCUUUCACGACAACUACCGAGCCUUCUAAAAAGCCCAAGUCAAAGGCAGCGACCAAAUCUACUCCACCGAUUGACCAACAGGCUUCCUCGAAUUCUGAAACGUCCAAACAGCCUACUGCUGAUGUCGUUACGGAGGCCCCGCCAGUCCCACGAAAAUCCACAAAGAGCAAAAAGACUACUGCACCGACACCUGCUCCUGCUGCUCGCGAACCCGAACCCGAACCCGAGCCCACUCCCGCCUCCGCCCCAACCGAAACUAUACCCGAGACAUCUUCAGUACCUACAGACGCCAAUGCACCUCAGGCUCGAUCCAAAAAGCGUGGACGAAAGGUUGCUCAGGACGUCGACUCGCAGGAGCCCGCUGUCCCAGAGCCCACCGCCCAAGCCGCUGCCGAGCCGCCGGUCAAAAAGCGACGCAAAUCCAAGCUGGAGUCCAUCACAGAUUUGGGUGGAACCCAGAGCCCCGUUGGAACGUCCCUGCCCCCUCCGGUCAGAUCCAAGCGAAGAGGUUCAACUGCCGCGAGUGUUCCAGAUACGGGCAAGCCGGUUAGUGUAGUCGGUUCGGCUACGGAUAUCCUCCGACGGUGGGGGGCGUUGAGCAUUGCGAAUGAGACUGCCAUCUCGGGAGCUGUACCAUCGACUGCUACGGACGUGGUGGAACAGAGUAUGGAGACGAAGGGCAAAGCCAAGAGGAAGAGGAAAAAGAAGGACCAGGUUGCGGAUGAUGCCUCUACUUCCACUUCCGCCCCCGUUGCGACUCCUGCAGAAACCGCACAGUGCCUCCUAUGCUCAUCUGGGCCUCAUGAAGCUCUUAAUUGUCCGCUUUUGUCUCAACGAGACGAUGAGACCUGUAAAACUGUAGAAGGGCGUAUUUAUCACCUCGAAGAUACCCAAGGUCCCACUAGGAUCCACCAAAUGCUGAUUGGUAGGCUGCGUAGCUGGCUAAAGGAGACUAAAAAGCAGGUCGAGGCGCAGAAUAAAUCUAUUACUCCCACUCCUGCCCCCGUUGUCCCACAGAGUGCAUCCCCUGUCCACUCUACCCCUGCUCCGACCCGCCCCAAAAAGUCCAAGCUCUCGUCGGUCGCUGUGAGCCAUCAAUCGGAAGGCAGUUCGACGGAGGACGAGGAUAUUCUCAAAAGCGUCAUGGAGAGUCGAAUCGAAAGCCCUGAGGAAGACGAUGGUGAGGACGAAGAAAUGGUCGAUAUUCCUCAACCUGAACCUGAACCCGCGCCCGAACCAUUGCGAGAGGCCAGCCCACCUUCAAUGAUCAUGGCCACACCCUCGCCGCCCCAACCUGCUCCCGUUCCUUUACCUCCGUCCUCCCCGCUCGCCAAGAAAGCCCUGCUUCAAAGCCAACGCAUGUCCCGGUCGAGCGUUUUCGCGCUAUUGGAUGGAUUGGAAAGCGAGGAAGCCGGAGAGGGUGAGAAGGAUAGUUCAGAUGACGAAGCAAGUGAUCUUGCCCAGUCGACGCCUUCGGAAGUUGCGAGACGUAGACAUAGGAAGAGUGUUAGAUUGGAUGUCCAAGACUCGGACGAAGAGGCUGCAGCCCGGGGCCAGGCCCUGCCCCAAGACCACGACGAGAGCGACGUCGAAAUGCAGGAUGGAGAUCUUACGACGCUGUCUCAGCUUUUAGCCUCUCCUGAACCCGAGGAGAUUGUGGGUGUAGUGGAUGAUGAUGAUAUUGAAGAGUACGAUGAUGACAAGGAGGCGAGGAACAAAAGUCCUGAUAGUGCUGCUAGUUCACCGAUCGAGGCUCCGGACCAAGAGCCUGUUGUGGAAGAAGUACAGGAUCCUGUGCCUGCAAAGCAGGAAGAGGCUACCGAAACUGUUCAAGAAGAGGAGCCAGAGCCUGAGCAAGAACUGGAGCAAGAAUCAAAGCAAGAGCCAGAGCCAAUUUCCCCUGCUCCCAAGAAACGAGGACGACCCCCACUCUCCCAGGCAAUCAAGGACGAGCGUGCGGCUGAAAGAGGGCGCAUACAAGCCGAAAAGGCGGCACUACAGGAUGACACUUCAGCUCCCAAGAAGCGUGGUCGCUCUUCCCGCUCAAAAGGCGCGGAUGAACAAACCGAUGUGAACGUGGAUCAUAAACCCAAGUCCAGUGCCCCUAGUACGCAGGAAAAGCCCGUCUCUGUCGCAGGGUCGCAGGAGUCUGCUCCUAGGUCACGAGGUCGUCCGAGGCUUUCAGAAACUGUGAAAGCUGAGAGGGAGGCCGAGAAAGAACGUAUCCGUGCUGAAAGGGCUAUCCAAAGGCUUGAGAAGAAGACCGCAAAGGCGAAUGCAAAGGCCGCUGCGAAGGGUAAAGGGGCGGAUGCCAAUGCGGCUGUAGACGAAGAUAGCGGUGAUGAGGGAGAUACGACUGUACGUCAGUCACCUCCUGCGCCGGAGGAAACAAUCGAGUCACCGAUUGUUCCCACCUGGUCAACACUGAAUAACCCAUCGUCUAGUCGACACGGAAGUUCGCAAAACGAUGAGAUUGAGUCGAGCGUAGUAGAAGCUCCGAGGGAUGUAGAAGAGAUGGAUGCAUCAGGAUUUCAGUUAUCAGCCGUUAAACCUACUCCGAAUACUCGUUCAAACGGUAACGGUCCGGUGAAACCCUUGUUUAUGCCAUCAUCUGGCUUGGUACCGAGGUUCCUCCCCCCUUCGUCCCCUAUCACAUCGACGCCCGCACCUAACAAACUACAAUCGCUAACGCAACAAACCCCUUCCAACACAUUACAACGUCGAAGGUCGAUGGGGUCUGCGUCGUUACCCCGAUUUACUGACAUCAAGAAAAACCGUGAUAUUGAGCAACGCUCGCGCAAGGAACGGAACAGGCUCUUGAGCAGUCAACCAGCCAUUUUUGAUUCGUCACAUGAGGCUAAAUCGAAACCAAAUGGCCCGAUUGAGGAGGUUGUUAUGGUAGAAUCUGAUGAGGAAGAGGUAGACUCCUCUGAUGAGGAGGCCAAGAAACCAAAGUCUCAACGAAAGAGACCGUCUGCACUCGCAUAUUUCUCUCAGCGAUAA